GCGAGUCUCUGGCGCUGCUGGGUAGCAGUCUGGACCCCAGCAGCGCGCUCGUGUGGUCGUCGCCUCUGCUGUGCUCUGGGUGGACCAACUUCACGUGUAAAGACAACACCACCAUCACAGCAAUCAAUCUGCUGAAGAUGCCACUCUCUGGCUCCCUGCCUCGCGACAUCUCCAGAUUCAAAAGCCUUGAAUUCCUGGUGAUUCGGAGUUCCAGCAUCUCAGGUCCGUUGCCUGAUGCAAUCACUACUCUGAGAAACCUCAAGUACCUAGAUUUGAGCUACAAUCAAAUAUGGCCGCCUGUGCCAGCAGGCCUCUUCUCGAUGCCAGAGUUGAAGGGCAUGCUGCUAGGCAACAACUGGUUGACCAAUCAGACGGUGCCCAACAUGGCCAAGGCGCCCGCCUCUUUGAACAUGGUGUCGCUGCGCACCGUGGGGGCGACUGUGGACAACACUUCCAAAGCCGGCAAGGCUACUCUUGAUCGGCCAGAGGCUGCCUGCUCGACCUCUCUUUCCCUCUCCCCACCCUCCUCCCCCUCUUCUCCCCCUCUCCACCUGUGUCUUCCUUUCCCGCCCCCAACCCCCACCAGGCUUUACGGCAACCCACAGAUUUGUAACGUAGCCACGGGCAGCCCGCUCAACCUGUCAUCCACCAGCGGCCAGUUCAACAACUCGUGCAAGUGGACCCACACGCCCUUCUGCCUCAACCAGCGCUGCCUCCCCACGCAGUACAUCAACCGCCCCACCUUCCUCAACGCCUACCCCCCCUCCAACUGCAUCUACGGGCAAGGCCCCAUGACCGCCCCGCUCUUCCCUUCUGACCCAACUGCCGCAGCAGCAGCUGCUGCCUCUGCCACUGCUGAGUCUUUCACCCAAGCGUCUUCUCCCAGCUCGCUACUCCCUCCUGGCAGUGCCGGUCCACCCGAUGCGGCUCCUGAUGCUCUUGGUGGUGAUCGUGCUGGCGGCCGUGGCGGUGGUGGUGGGCCAGCAGCGGCGCCUGCGGGUGAUGUAGCGGUGCCGACGGGGCCGGGGGCGUGUGUGUGUGCGGGGAGCAAUCAGUUCUACGAGUUUGACCUGCUGUGCGCCAACAGCAAGAUCCAGGCGUGGACGGAUGAGUACUCGCAGCUUGUCUCUCAGAAGGUGUCUGAAGCGUUCGCCUAUAAGCUGAAGAGAUGCAUCAAUCCGGAGCAGGUGAGAGAGUGGGAGCAGGUGAGAGAGUGGGAGCAGGUGAGAGGGAGGGAGGGGGAGGGAGGGGGUUUGAGGCGCAUUUCCUUAAGUGCUUCCUCAAACACGCACUCACUUUCUCAAUCACUCGUUCCUUUGCCAUCCCCAACGCUGUUGGCUGCUGCACAGGUGUGGGUGUGGCACGCGUACGUGAGUGGGUGCUGCCUGGACAGCAGCGGCGCACCGCUGUUUGACAUGCGGCUGUACGUGGUGCUGUUGGUGUGGUUGUGGCACGCGUAUGUGAGCACCUGGCGGCUGGACAGCAGUGGCGCACCUCUGUUUGACAUGCGGCUGUACGUGGUGCUGUUUGAGAACCUCACGAGGGACGAGGAGAUCACGGUGCAGUACGUCAUCGUGCAAAACCCCGGCCUUCUGAAAAACUCCACGUUCGGAGAGCUCAAGCUGCUGGACCACGAGAAAAAGUUGCCGCCCCCAACCCCCCUGCCACCCUUCCCGGAAAGGAACAACACCGCCCCACCAGCUGCGCCUCCCCCAGAUGAGCCCUCCUCGUCGUCCUACACCACCGUCAUCAUUGCCGUGGUGGUCGUGGUGCUCGCCGUGCUCUUUGGCGUUGGCGUUGCCUACUUUUACUUCUUCGUCCGCAACCGACACACAAAGUUGGCAUCCAUAUCAGGCUCUGGUUUCCUGGGCAACCAGGCGCUCUCCUCGUCCUUUGGCUGGGCGCUGCAGCAGCGCUUCGUGCAGGUCUACUCGCUCAAGGAGGUGGCAGCAGCGACGAACAACUGGGACGAGGAGAGGGUGCUGGGGCAGGGCGGGUACGGGCGGGUGUACCUGGGGGAGGGCGCUCAUGGCGUGCAGUGGGCGGUUAAGAGGCUCGAGGCGAGAUCCACAGCGAAGGGUCUUGAGGAUUUCAGGAAUGAGGUGGAGCUGAUCUCGCAGACCAACCACCGCAACCUGGUGAAGCUGCUGGGCUUCUGCGACGACCAGGGCGAGCAGAUCCUGGUGUACGAGUUUGUGCCGAAUGGGAACCUGCGGCAACACCUGCGCCCGUCCAAAGCCGCCUUGGAGCACCCCGACGCGCACAAGCUAGGGCUGACCUUCCUGCAGCGCGUGGACGUGGCAGUGGGGGCGGCCGAGGGGCUGCGAUACCUGCACAACUUCACCACGCCCUCCGUGGUGCACCGCGACGUGAAGAGCGAAAACAUCCUGCUCGACGAGAACAUGCAGCCCAAGGUGGCGGAUUUCGGGUUCUUCAAGAACAUGGUGGACGGAGCGAGUGGCGGCAAGGGCGCAUCGGAGGCGGUGAGCACACGAGUGCUGGGCACGCCCGGCUAUGUGGACCCCGAAUACUACUACACGUGCAAGGUCACCACCAAGUGCGAUGUCUACAGUUUCGGAGUGGUGUUGUGGGAGCUCAUAACGGGCAAAUCGCCCAUCCUAGAGGUGGAGGACCCCGACUCAGGCCCAGGCGAUGGGCCCUGCUUCAUGCAGCUGCCCAUCUGGGCGAUCAUGUACCUGAAGAAGGGCAACCUAGAAGAGAUUGUGGACCUUCUAGGCCAUCAUGUAUCUGAAGCUCCUUUAACCCGUCCCUUGCCCCUCCACUUUCCCCCUGUCCCCCCACCUCCCCUUCCGGCUUCCUCCCCUUGCCAGGCGAUCAUGUACCUCAAAAAAGGCAACGUAGAGGAGAUAGUGGACCCGGCAUUUAAGGGCGACUACGACAAAGAAGCCAUUAAAGCCAUGGCGGAGAUAGCCGACAAGUGCACUAGAGACAAGGCGCGCCACCGCCCCGAGAUGACCGACGCGCUGACGUGGCUGGUGGAGAUCCAACGGCGCCUCAAGCGCGAGAGCGACCCCAGCUAUGUAUCUGAGCCGUCCACUCCGGUGGCGGGGAGCAGGGGAGGAGGAGGGGGAGGGGAUGCGGUGCUGGAGCUGGUUGGCGUUGGGGGGGCAGACUCGCUAGCACUUCACUCGACAACACACCAGCCGCCCAUCUCCACCAACUUCGCGGGGCGGGUCCGGGCUUGCGCGGAGCGGCUGUGUCAGCUGCCGGACACGUCACUCGAGGAGAUCGAGGCCACGUCAGCACAGCUGAGGCGGCUGCUGGAGGAGGGAUGCGACGAGGGAUGCGCAAGUUCGCGGAAACCAGCAGCAGAAGAGGGAGAGACAGGGGAAGCAGCACGAGCAGGAGGAGCAGGAGUGGAGGGCCCCGAGGCGCGUGCUGCCGUGAAUGGCGGUGCGGAUGCUGCUGGAAAGGACUCGGAAAGCGAAGGCUGUUCCGCUCGUGCUGGUGCGGAUGAGCAGAGUCGGGAGCCCGCCGUGUGGCGCGUGCUGCAGCUGCUGCUGUCGCUGCUGUCAGGCCGCCAG